CAUGCUGGCGCGGGUUGCCGUACAAGUUUCGUCUCCUUAUCCUAAGGCCUUCAUGCCCAAAACAUUAUUACGUAUUUCUUAAUAAUGCAUUCCAUAGAUAUAGAAAUAAUUAAGAAUAUUCAAAUUAACAAUAACUGUAAAUUAAUUUUAUAUUAUCACUUUCACAGGUUUUAAGUAAACAUCCUUCAAUUAAACCAUCUCGAUAAUCAUGGACCAUUUAAUGCCACCUUCUUUUCAAAAUCAUUUAAAGAAUUUUAUUAUAGCAGCCAAACAAUAUUCAUAUUGUAAAGAUGAAUCAUCUUUUAAUGGAGUUCUUUGUUCAUUACAGAUCCUCGGACAGCAUGAAUUUGUUUUUAACUCUAAAGACACAUUCAGACAUGAGUUUUGUAUUAACUUAUAUGAACUAAUGAACAGUAUUAAUGAUGAUUCAGAUAUUAUGUGGGCUGCUGUUAAUUUAUUGCAGUCUAUUGUAAAACAAGGAUUAUUUCAAAACACAAUACUAAACAAUAAUGAAUUUACACUAAUUCUAACAAAACUACUAAAAGAUGAACUAUCAUUUGAUAAAAAAAUUAAAAUACUCAAACUACUCCAGGAAUUGACUUAUAGGACAAAAAUACAAUGGCAGGAAGGCCAUUCAUCUGAACUAAUAAAUCUAUUGGUAAAAUGGAUUUCAACCGAAGACAAAGAUCUUAUAUCAUUAAGUCUAGGCGUUCUAGUGAAUGUGUGUUGUAAAAACAAAUUUGCCAUGUUUACUCUUGUGAAAUGUACACAUUCUAAAUCCUUCAUGCGUCUACUUUUAAAAUUACAAUCUGAUGAUAUAUUCAUCAAAGUCCAAGUAUAUAAAUUAUUAUUAGUCUUAGAACAAGUAUCUGGUCAGAUACCAGAUGUCGAUGUUAACAAUUUAAUUGAUGUAACAUUUGCUGUUUUGGAAGAAGGCCUUAAACUAAAAAAUGUGUUUGUUCUACGUCAUGCUGUAGACUUUUUUAUUGAUAUAAGUGAACAUUCACGUUGGAAAAAUUCUGUUUUAGAAUAUGACGGCUAUAAAACAAAUUUAAUUAAAAUAUUGGAGUCUACGAACAAUUUCAAACAUAUUGAGAAGUCUCAAGGCAAUUAUCACUUAACAGUACAAAGUGUAGACUUAGUUUUACAAUUUGUGCAUCAUGUUAUUCAAUUCAAAAAUGAAGAUUUAAUCAUAUUAUAUCCUAAAAUCAUAAUUUACAUUUUGCAUUGGACUCAAGUUCCAAAUCUUUAUGAACAAGCCAUGUCAAUUUUACAAACAAUAAUUAUUAAUAUACGAAGUUAUAAUAGUUACAUAGAUCAAACCCUUAAGUGUGAUAUUUAUGAAAAUCUGGAAAAGUGUUUAAAUGAAUUUCUAAUUGUUUUAUUUGAACCAAAUACAAAUGUAGAAAAUGAUUCAGUUAUCUGUACAUGGAAUAAAUAUGGAAUAUGCUUGAGACUUCUUCAAGAAAUGUUAAAGAUGCAAAAUUUAUAUGCAAUAAUUGAAGAAAAACUUCAUGUUUCGUCUCUUCAGUCUUUAUUCCAUUCCUUGAUAUCGGUCGAUAUUAAAAACUUAAAUAAUUUACAAAAUAUCACAUUUGUGUACAUUGAAGCACUGUGUUUUCUAUCUGAAUUAGUGGCUAAAAAUCCCACUUGGAUGUCUUUAUACUCUGAAAUAUUGAAUCAGAAACAUGUUUAUCGUGUACUAGCAUUUAUAAUAUAUAAAGGUUCAAAAAACAUGAAACAAAAAGUAUUAGAUCUCAUAACUAAAUUUUCACAACAAAGUACUUUAAUGUUAUCCGAUUGUUUGGAAGAAAUUGAACAAUUAUCUUCAGCUAAAGUAAAAAAUAUGUCUACAAAUUCAGAGGAAAAUGAAAUAAAGCCAUUAUGUUCAUUUGCUCAAGAAGAACAAUUAAAAGUGUUCAUUGAUAAAUUAGAAAAUUUAUUCAAUUCUAAUGAAAUAAUAAAUGUUAAAACGAGUAAUGUUAUUACAUUAUAUCAAUACAAAAUGAAUACAUUAAAACAAACUGAAGUGUGGCUAAAACAAAGUCUUGAUAAUGCUUCUGAAGAAAUAACUCGGUUAAAUUAUAAAUUAGUUUGUUUGAAUAGUGAAUCAAUGCAACUAAAUCAAUUGUUAUUAAACGGUCAUCAAGAGAUUGAAGAGUUAACAGUAGAAAAUGAAGAUUUAAAAAAAAAAUUAAAUGAUAUUACUGAACAAUUUAGUACAACCAGUAAUAACUUUGCAAAAUUAUCACGAAAUUAUGAAUCAAAACGUCAAAUUAUCGAAGAACAGAAUUCUUCAAUAAAGAACCUUGAAAAACAAUUAGAAGAGCUACGUUUACAAAGCGAUAAAAUGAAAGCUAAUUUACUGGACCAAUUAAAAAAUGAAAAAACUGAAAAUAAAAUUCAAGUUACAAAAUUGGAACAACAAUUAACAGAAAAACAAAGUAUUAUCAAUGAAAAAUCUGAGGAAAUCAAUAACAAAUUAUCAUUUAUUAGAAAUCUAGAAAAUAUUGGUUUAGAAAAGGAUAAAGAUAUUAUUGACUUACGUAAACAACUACAAGAACAACAAAGAGUCCGUGAAAUGAUAAGUCAAAUGUUAGCUGCUACAUCCAGUAAACCUUAA